AGUACUACCAUCUCUAAUAUUUAGCAUUUUUAUGCUACAGGAUAAUUAACAAUAUUUUUGUUUUGUCAUGGCAGAUGCCAAAUGGAGGGAUAUUGAGUGCAUUGGACAAAUACCGUGGAAAAGACACUUCAAAAGCAAUUCUAGGGAUAACAAGUUUACUGGUGGUAGUCCAUUGUCUUACCUCAUUCCAAAUCUAUGCAAUGCCAGUUUUUGAUAAUCUGGAGUUUAGAUACACCAGCAACAAGAAAAAACCAUGUCCAUGGUGGCUUAGAACAGGAUUGAGGCUAUUCUUUGGAUGCCUAGCAUUUUUCAUAUCAGUGGCACUCCCCUUUUUGUCAAGUCUGGCUGGGCUGAUUGGUGGAAUUGCUCUGCCAGUUACUUUGGCAUAUCCUUGUCUAAUGUGGAUAAUGAUCAAGAAACCUAAGAGAUACACUUCAAGUUGGUUUGUUAAUUGGUCACUCGGAGUUUUGGGCUUGGUUCUAAGUGUUCUUUUGGCAUUUGGUGCUAGAUGGACAAUAGCAACUCAAGGUAUAAUGUCCAUUUCUUCAAGCCCCAAUGAAGACCAAAAAGGUACGGGUGAUCAACAAAAAUCUAACUAGUACUCCACAGGUUAACGUUAUUGGUGAAAAUUGGGGAGAAAAAAGAACCUUAACAGCAGCCAACCAACAGGAUUUGCAAGUUGCAACCUCUUCAUGUACUUUGUAAAUAUAAAAGCAUACCACUUAUGUCUUGUUGUUAAUUUCAA